AAAAUUGCUGUGUGUCAAUUCUAGUUUAAUCCGACAAUGAUGGGAUGCAUAAAUCAGUAAUGGCGUGAUUUUUGGAGUGGUGGCAAUCCCAAAAUUAUAGUCAAAGUUUAGUUUACGCGUAUUCGUUGUUUCGAUUGCUGUAAACGGUAAUUGGAAACUUUCAUUUACUGAAAGUAUUGUCACCAAUCAUCCGUUCACACCACAUUCCGACUACACACCUAAAGGCCUUUUCAACGCGGCGGUUGUUCGAUCAAAUCAGAUCAUUCUCGGCAUCCCGAUCUACGCCGAUCCGUUCAAUUUCAAGUAGUUUCUAACAUACUAGCGUUGAUUCAGAUGAGUCAAGCGUUCGAAGGUUAUGAGCGGCAGUACUGCGAGCUGUCUGCUAACCUAUCCAAAAAGAUUACUUCAGCAAGUCUCCUUGAUGGAGAACAAAAGAAACAGAAAGUAUUUGAAAUACAGACACGAUUGGGGGAUGCUGAGUCAUUGAUACGUAAAAUGGAUCUUGAAGCUAGGAGCUUGCCACCGAGUGUGAAGGCCAUGCUUCUUGCCAAACUAAGAGAAUAUAAAAAUGAUUUGAACAAUUUGAAAUCAGAAGUUAAGAGAAUCACAUCAGCUAAUGCCAAUCAAGCUGCAAGGGAUGAGUUGUUGGAAUCUGGAUUGACAGAUACAAUGGCGGUAUCAGCUGAUCAAAGAGCAAGGCUGUUGAUGUCAACUGAAAGACUAAAUAAGACAGGCGAAAGGGUCAGAGAAAGUAGAAAAACAAUGCUCGAAACUGAGGAGCUUGGUGUCUCAAUUCUUCAAGAUCUGCAUCAACAACGUCAAUCACUUCUGCAUGCACAUGGCACUCUUCACGGGGUGGAUGACAACAUAGGCCGGAGCAAAAAGAUUCUCACCAACAUGUCAAGAAGGAUGAACAGAAAUAAGUGGAUGAUUGGAACAGUUAUUGCAGUCUUGAUUAUUGCAAUUCUUCUCGUUCUUUACUUCAAGCUGAUCCAUUAGAUCGUCAGCUCUGAUGAUUGGACAUCCUGUUUUAUUUUUCCACUCCCAAAUGUGGAUGUCUUAAAAUACACCAUUUUUUAUGAUGUGUGAUUGUCGCUUUCUUGAUUUUGUUGGACUUAAUUUGCAUCUCAAAAUAUUAUGGUAACUGUAAUAUGAUAACGCUUCGAUCAAUUGAAAGGCAAGACACUGGAAAGUCACGAACAUUGUAUGUAAUUCCUUUUGUUCC